AUGGACGAGUUCACUUCAUUUGUCAAUACUGUAAACGGAACUUCCGUCACUGGAAAGGUGACGCAGGGAACAGAUCCAUCGACAAGACAAAAUCUCUGGGAUGUUCCAGUUGCAUCAUCUGAAGACAUCGAGAAUGCAGUUUCUUCGGCCAAAACUGCCUUCACACAGUGGUCCAAGACGUCGUGGUCAGACCGACAGAAUGCCCUGCUGGAUGCACGGGAUGUCUUGAUUUAUCACAAGCCCGCGUUGGCGCGGUUGAUCACAAAGGAAGGGGGGAAGCCAAUUCAAUUUGCCACUCUUGAGGUUGAGCAUUCAAUCAACUUCUUACAGUUCAACGCGAAUCAGGAGCCGCUUCAAGAGCAAGUGAUUCAGGAUGACGACGAAUUGCGAUUAACAAUCCGAGAGAAACCGUUGGGUGUCAUAGCAGCUAUCUGUCCCUGGAAUUAUCCCCUGGUCCUCUCCAUCGCCAAAGUCGCCGCAGCCCUGAUAACUGGAAACACAAUCAUCGUGAAGCCUUCGCCUUUCACGCCUUACUCCAUCUUGAAGGUUGUUGAGCUUCUCCAGGGUGUAUUCCCAGCUGGUGUUCUCCAAGCUCUCAACGGUGAUGACAAGUUAGGGCCUGCACUUUGCCAACAUCCCGGAGUUGAUAAGAUCACCUUUACCGGCUCGACUGCCACGGGAAAGAAGAUCGCCCAGGUGGCUGGGAAUCUUCUGAAGCCCGUCACUCUGGAGCUUGGAGGCAACAGCGCGAGUAUUGUCUGUCCAGAUAUUGAUCCGAAGAUCGUGGCCCCGCAAGUGGCGCUUGGAUCCUUCAUGAACUCAGGUCAGCUUUGCGUUGCUAGCAAACGCGUUUUCGUCCAUGAGGAUAUCUACGACGAGUUCUUGGAGGUGAUGGUCAACACGGUCAAGGAAUGGAAGGUCGCGCCGACUUCGACCCUUGAGUCUGAUAUCAUGCUUGGCCCGAUUCAGAAUGAGAUGCAGUAUAACAUUGUGAAAGGCUUCUUCCAAGACUCUAUUGAGAAUGGGCACUGCUUUGCACUUGGUUCGAAGCCAGAUGAUAGUGGGGAUAACUUCGUCAUCAAGCCUGCGAUUAUCGACAACCCCCCUGAUGACGCCCUCGUUGUUACACAUGAAGCCUUUGGACCUAUUGUGCCACUCAUGAAGUGGAAGACUGAAGACGAAGUUAUCAAGCGAGCCAACAACACGCUAUCAGGUCUGGGAGGAGCCGUUUGGUCAAAGGACGUUGACCAUGCCCAACGGUUAGCAGAUCGCAUUGAGGCCGGUACUAUUUGGAUCAACAGCUUUGAGAAGCCUCUGCCUCAAGCCCAUCUGGCUGGUCAUAAGGAGAGUGGUGUUGGUGGAGAGUGGGGUCGACGGGGUUUGAGUGUGUAUUGUCAGCCCCAGGUGAUUCAUUGUUACAAGUCUAAAGUAUAG